AUGGAUAUCUAUGGACAGGCAAAACAUUUCAAGCAUGUCAUGAAUAAUCGCCGGACCAUGUUUGUUGGCUCGACUUCUGGCCAUGCUCAUAACGGUGCCUCAUCUUCUGGCCAUGCCCUUAACGGUGCCUCGACUUCUGGCCAUGCCCUUAACGGUGCCUCGACUUCUGGCCAUGCCCUUAUCGGUGCAUCGUCUUCUGGCCAUGCCCUUAACGGUGCCUCGACUUCUGGCCAUGCCCUUAUCGAGGCCUCGUCUUCUGGCCAUGCCCUUAACGAUGCCUCGACUUCUGGCCAUGCCCUUAUCGAGGCCUCGUCUUCUGGCCAUGCCCUUAACGGUGCCUCGACUUCUGGCCAUGCCCUUAUCGAGGCCUCGUCUUCUGGCCAUGCCCUUAACGGUGCCUUGACUUCUGGCCAUGCCCUUAUCGAUGCUUCUGGCCAUGCCCUUAACGAUGCCUCUGGCCAUAGCCUAUACGAUGACUUGAUGUUUGGCUAUGGCUUUCAAAAGCCAGAAACGCCCACGUCCGAGGAUGAUUUGUUGAUGAAUAUUCUAUACCCACAAAUCCCAAACAGAAACAUGUUACAAGAGCUUGGCCUACAAGUGAACACACCCCAAGAAGAACAAAACUAUCAAAUGAACAAUUUCAACCAACAAACCUCGAACAUGAACAUGAGCAUGAACACAAUCAAUGAGGAUAAUCCACCCGAGAUUGGACAAAUCCCCGUCGAUGUGGAAGAAAUGUGGGAAGACAUUAGGGGGGCCGAAAGAGAAUUUGAUGAAGUGGAGGCGGUCGAAGCACACAAUGAAGAACAAGUUAUCACCACUGGCAAACGCAAGCGUAAAACAUACCGUCGCCAUAGCCGUGAACAAAUUGAAGCAUUGGAGAGCUUUUACAAGAACAUUCCUAAUCCUAAUAAGAGACAAAGGCAACUCUUAGGCCAUGAAAUAGGAAUGGAGCAUUUGCAAGUUAAAUUUUGGUUUCAAAACAAACGAACCCAAUCUAAGACGACCAAUGAACGUAACGUGAUCUCUCAAUUGUCUAAGGAUAAUGAAAGGCUUAAGUUCGAGGUUAUGAGGUAUAAUGAAGCCCUCGAGAAAGCUAAAACUACAUGUCCUAUUUGUGGCGGACCUAAGCCAUGUGACAAUACAAGCGAGUUAUUGUUGUCCGAGCACAAUUUACAUGCCCAUAAUGCGCAUAUUGAGAAGACUACUAACAAUAUCUCUAGUGGAAGGGCGAAUCAUAACAUCGCGCAAAGGCAGCCACCAACGAGACAAGUUGACAUAGUUAAUGCACCACCCUCGAGCAAUGUUAGUAAGUAUCCGUGGGGCGAUCAGCCGAACAAGAAUAUGAUUGUGCGUCUAGCAAAUGUAGCGAUGGAUGAACUCGAUAAAUUGGCCCAAAUUGGAUAUCCUAUGUGGACUCAAAGUGUUGGUGACGAGUUGAACGAGUUGAACGAGUUGAACGAGACAGAGUACAAAAAGGUUUUGGAAAUCAAUUUAGGUCCUCAUAUUGAGAAUCUCAAAUGCGAGUCCUCUCGUCAUUCCAAAGGAUUCUACAUUAAUCCCUUAGAUCUUAUUGAUAUUUUAUUGGAUAUGAAAAAAUGGAAGAGAUUCUUCCAUGCCAUUGUCGCUAAAGCUUCGACUAUGGAAGUUUGGUCAACAGGAACCGAAGGCACUCGUGACGGGGCCUUACAAAUGAUAAACGUAGAAUUGCAUGCACUUUCUCCUUUAGUUCCUACUCGCAAAAACAUGUUAGCAAGGUAUUGCAAGAAAUUUGGAGAAGGAAGGUGGGGAAUAGUCGACUUUUCUGUUGACUUUGUUCGAUCAGCCGAUGAAAUUAAAUGUCGAAAAAGGCCUUCCGGAUGCAUAAUUGAAGUUAUGGGCAAUGGAGUCACAAGAGUAACGUGGAUAGAACAUGUCGAAGUGGACGACAGUAAUGUUCAUGUGUUUUAUAAACCUCUCGUCAAUUCCAGAUUAGCAUUCGGUGCCAAACGUUGGCUAAGCAUUCUCGGGAAGCAAACCGAUCGGCUCGGUUUUUUCCAAUCCACCUUACUACCCCAUAAUGACACAAUGGUCACAAGUUUAGUAGCAAAAAGGAACAUCACUAAGUUGGCACAAAGAAUGGUAGAAGGCUAUAAUGUGGCAGUGAGUUCUGCCGUUGAUAAACCUUGGAGUUUAGUCGAAAAUACGGCUGUGCCAUUGCGUUUGCCGGUACCAAAUCAAACUCGAGUUAUCGUUUGUCGGAAUACCACCAAUCCUAAUCUUCCGUUAGGGAUUGUGUUGAGCGCUUCCAAUUCCUUUUGGCUUCCUGCCCCGCCAAAAGAUGUAUUUGAUUUUCUUCGCAAUAAGGAGACAAGGAGCAAAUGGGAUCUUAUUUCAAACCAUUCAAAUCUCGAAGAAAUUUCAUGCUUGGUUCUUGGAAGAGACGACAAUAGUCACAUCUCAAUGUUAAAAAUGAAUGAGGAAGUAGUAAUCUUGCAAGAAAUAAAUUGGGAUCCUUUGGAAGCUUAUCUUAUUUUUGCCCCAAUCGAUAUUCAAUCACUCAACAUGGCGAUGAACGGUGGAGACUCCGAAUAUGUGUCCGUGCUUUCCUCCGGUUUUGUGGUGGUUCCCGAUGGUCCGGAGGCCAAUGGCUCUUUAGUAACGACGUCUUUUCAGUUUUUGGUUGAUAUUUGUCCGACUGCGAUGGUGAAGGAGGAAUAUAUCCAAAUUGUUACCAAUUUGGUUAACGAAACCAUGAAUAAUUUGAAGACGAGGUUUUCGAAUUAG